AUCUACCCUUACAACAUCAGUCUUACAGCCUCACAUCUACCCUUACAACAUCAGUCUUACAGCCUCACAUCUACCCUUAUAACAUCAGUCUUACAGCCUCACAUCUACCCUUUUAACAUCAGUCUUACAGUCUCACAUCUACCCUUACAACAUCAGUCUUACAGCCUCACAUCUACCCUUUUAACAUCAGUCUUACAGCCUCACAUCUACCCUUACAACAUCAGUCUUACAGCCUCACAUCAACCCUUAGAACAUCAGUCUUACAGCCUCACAUCUACCCUUAUAACAUCAGUCUUACAGCCUCACAUCUACCUUUACAACAUCAGUCUUACAGCCUCACAUCUACCCUUAUAA